AUGAACCCGGGCGAAGCUUUGGCCGUCGACGUGCACGAUCCGUCGGGCUGCGACUACUCGGUGCAGUGGUCCCCCGAAGAGCGCAACAUCCUCGACAACCUCCUCGGCGACGACGAGACGGAUCACAGCGAAUCACCGCCGCCGGGGCGCAACGGCUCCAAGCAUCGUCUCGUGCUGCAGCGGUACCGGAAGCGCAAGCGCGAAGAGCUUUUGCAUCUCCGCAACGCUGCGAACGAGCUCGAGGCCCGGCUGCAGCAACUCCAAGCGGCCAAGGCCCACGAAGAUCGCGUGCGCCCACCGACCAAGUGGCGCCAGCUCGCGGUCCAAGAACGGCAGCACGAAGUCGCGGCGAGGAAAGAGAACCAGCAGCUGCGCGAGCUCGUGCACCGGCACAUGGUCACGGCGCAGAUCUUUGCAAGUGUCCUUGAAAAGACGCGCGAGGACACGCAGUCACUCGCAGUGUUUGACGCACCGACCGACAAGUGGCGGUCGCUCAUUCUGGUCAAGGACACGUCGUUGCGCACGGCCGCCAUGCACCAGAUUCUGGACCGCGAGUACGCCAAUUUUGACAGCGCGUUCAUCGAAGCCGGCCUUGUUGACGUGAGCGAGGACUUUCAAAAGCACAUCUCCAAGUUCAUGCCCGACGCCGCGCACGAGUUUCAGAACGUCGUGUACCGGCGCACGGGGUUGCCGCUGCGCUGCGUCGCGGCCGGGCUCUGGAACGUCAUUCGCGGCACAACCGACAAGCUCCCGAAUAUGAACCGCCACUGCCACACGCUUUUGGAUGUCGAUACGCACACGUCGUACGUCUCGGGCACCUUGUCGCACCCGCUCGGUACCUUUCAGCGCCGCGUGCUCUGCAAACUCUACUUCAACGCGCCGGACCCAAAAGCGGCGACGCGCUGCGUGAUUGUGUGCCGCAGCAUCGAAGACGACGAACUCUCGCCGUACAGCGAGCACUCGCCGUACUCGAACGAGGUGUCGUGGCACGCGCUCGAGACAAACGAGGUGGGCGGCACGGACCUCAAGUUUUUUCAGAAAUUUCGGCCGUCGGCGUCCACCAACGCCAAUUUGCCGCUCAAUUCGACGUGGAUGCGGACGCUCGAGCAAGACUCGCGCCUCAUGCGCCGCGCCGUGCACCAGUACAUUGACGAAUUUGUAGAAACCCCCCACGAGGACAGUCUCGUCCCUUCGACGACAACGUGUCCUGUCUCGCACUAAUGUAAUCCAAGAACUAUGUUGGCACUCGCU